CUUUCAUGUACCUUUUCAAAUCUUCCAGCAAUGAUUUAGUGUAGUUAUGCUGAAAAAAUUGUUGAAAAUAAUUUACUAUUCGAGUGUUUUCGUUUAUCGCGUCUCCUGAAAAAUUUACUUAAUGGCACAUUUUGCUCUCAACGGCUCAGUUGUUCUUUGUGUUUUGCAGUUUUAUAUAAAGAUUGAAACUUGUUUCGUAAAUUUCUCACCAAAUUUUGUGAAUGAUCGUAAAUUACUACUCAGUUCAUAGCUCCACAUCGAAAAUAGCGGAUUGAAAAGUAUUCAUGGUAUCCAUUAGGUUAAGAGCACAGAAUCAUAAAAGGGCCGAAACAUUUACACAGUAGGAAACCUAUUUUAAGCAGAUUAUGGAACCUCCUGUGUAUUGAGACGGAAUACUCGAAAUGUGUAAGGUUAAAUACAAACAUAAGUAUAUAAAUUUGUCUAUUAUCUUCCUCUCUAGUGCUGUUUUCAGAUUGUAAAACUGGUUUAGCAAACUUUAACAGUAAUCAAAUAAAGUUCUCAAUCAAGGGACAGUAUUCCAAUUACCUCGAGCCUAUUUUAAGCAAUGGAUUUUUUUUUUUUCAAUUGAUGUUUAUUCGAAGAUUCUUUUGUGCUCAACGGUAUUUUAUAUAUUCGAAUGACAGUUAAUCAGAGUUUUCGUUCUCGUCAUUGAAUUCGUCGAUAUUGAUCAAAACUGGGGGGUUUAAAGCUCAUUUUUUUCGACUGAAUAAAAUAGCCGCUACUGCUUAAGCCGUUCCUUACCCUAAUUUGAUUUAGAAUCGAAAGAUUACAAAUAAUUUUGCAAAUAUCGUCUUAAAGAAUGCAAUAGAAUUUUGUUGAUAUUCAAUUUAAUUUGAUAGCCACAUUUUUUUCGCUUUUAUAAACGUUCUCAAGUGGCUUAACUGUAAAAACAUUUUAUGCUUCUUGAGGGUUAAUUACCGCUUACAUCAGUGUUUGUACCAAUAAUUACUAAAUAAUUAACAACAUUAUCACAGUAGGUAUAAUCAUUAGAAGAGAUGAUGAUUGAUUUUACUAUAUAUCAAGUGUAAUAAUGCAAGCCCCGCUUCAGUGCAGCAAUAGAACGCCUCCAGCAAACACACGUUAAAACUUUAAGCUGAGCGAUGGAUCGUUGGAAGAACCGAGUUGCAGCUGUGACCGGAGCGAGUGCUGGUAUAGGAUGGGCCAUCAGUAAAGCCCUUGUACAAUCCGGUAUGAUCGUGGUCGGAAUGGCAAGGAGAGCGGAGAAAAUUGAGGAAUUGAAAAUGUCUCUACCGGCGAAUAUGAGAGACCGCUUACACGCAUGUAAAUGCGAUGUCAAUAGCGAACAGGAUAUUAUCGCCGCGUUCAAAAUGAUCGAUAGUAAAUUUGGCGGAGCCGAUGUUCUAAUUAAUAACGCAGGUGUACUAAAGGAUACGCAGUUAAUUAGACCAGGCAAUACGCAGCUUAUCCGCGAUGUUGUUAAUACAAACAUAGUAGGACUUAUAUUCUGUGCUAGAGAGGCUUAUCAGUCUAUGAAACGAAGAAAUGUUGAUGGCCAUAUUGUGAAUAUGAACAGUGUCGUAGGCCAUGGUGUACCUGUGGGCGUGGAUACGUUAACUACGUACAAUGUAUAUCCAGCUACGAAACAUGCCGUCACCGCAUUAACUGAAACAUUACGCAUAGAGUUAUUGAACGAUAACAGCAAAGUUAAAGUGACUAGUAUUAGUCCCGGAGCUGUUCGGACGGAUAUUUUCAACGAUCCGCAAAUGCUAAAGAAGGCUAUACCAUUUCUUGAAGCAGAUGACAUUGCAAACAGCGUAGUACAUGUUAUUUCAACUCCAAAACAUGUCGAGAUCAAAGAGCUUACUAUCAAACCUCUUGGAGAGCGCUUCUAAUAUUAUGGGGUGUUUGCGCUUACAUGUAUAAAUAUACCAGCAAUCCUCGCGAUUCCGCCGAAACACAAAAUGAAUUGAAUGAACCUACUUAAGGACAAAAUAAAAUAGUGCAAACUAGAA